UUUGGGGUGCCUUUUGGGGGUGCCUUUGGCCAGAUGUCCCUGUGGAGGGGUCAGCUGCAGCUGUGUUCCUCUCUCCUCCUCUGGGCGUUGGAGGAGGAGGAGCAGGAAGGGACGUUGCAGCCUGGGCUUGGCCACCUCUGCUGCCUGCCUCCUCCAUCCUGCCAUCCUCCAUCCUUCUCCUGCGGAGCGCAGCGCAGAGGCAUUGGCUUUGGAGCAUGGGGCGCAUCGAGUGGGCCAUGUGGGGCAACGAGCAGGCGCUGGCCUCGGGGCUGAUUUUGGUGACCGGUGGCAUUGUGGCCGUUUCCGGUCAGUUCAAACGCUGGGAGUUUGCUGCAUAUGCCAUAGCAGCCGGAGUUUUUAUUUGCCUGCUGGAAUAUCCCCGAGGGAAGCGGAAAAAGGGAUCCACCAUGCAGAGGUGUGGCCAGCAGUAUUUCACACCGGUUGUGAAGGCGUUUGGACCCCUGACUAGGAAUUAUUACGUCCGGGCCAUUCUGCAUGCAAGCUUGGCCGUUCCAGCUGGAUUCCUCCUGGCCACGAUCCUCGGCACAGUUUGCCUGGCCAUCGCAAGCGGCAUCUACUUACUGGCAGCCACCCGCGGUGAAGAGUGGUUACCCAUUGAACCCAAACCCCGGGAACGACCUCAAGUUGGGGCGACCAUCAAGCACCCCCCAACCAACCCGCCCCCCAGGCCACCGGCAGAUGCUCGCAAGAAGCCAACGGACGCAGAGGUUGGCGGCGAUGGUGGCCAGGAAAACCCCAUGCCAGUCAUUGUGGAAGAUGAAUGAUGGCCCAGGAUGGUCCUUUCCAAGAAGCUUGAGAAGACGGCAGAAGGGCUGUUUGGUUGUGCUUGAUGGGAAACAUUACCAUCCUAUGGUUGAGUUACGGAUCCUAUCCUCCAAGAGCCUCAUAGUCUGCCUUGGCGGACGCUUCCUCAUCCCAAAGCAAGAUGCCUUUCCAUACGCAGCCUCCUGCUUUAUUGUUUUGUUGCAAUGGUCACCAUGCUUGCUUUCCUAUGAGACCUUGCGGUGACCAUAUUGUUUGUCCCCUACAAUUGCAGACUUUCUGGACUGGAGUGAUGUUUCCAAAUGGCCUUUUUGAUACUGUUUUCCAUGUUGCACUUCUGUUCCCCUGUCUGUUCUCUUGCGUUUUUACAUUGUAAUAAAAUGACCUGGUCGGUCA